CCACCUUCCCAUUCCUUGCACCUUCAUCUGCCUAUCUAUUUCUGCUGCUCAGCACAGGCGAAGGACAUCCAUCUACCUGCUUAUGACUGAAGUCGACCUCAACAUCCAGCCUGCUGGUCUGGUCCCAGGACAAUUUGAUCCUUUUGCGGAUGCGGCUGACCAAGACGGAGACACCUCGAAUGCCAAGGACUACGUCCACAUUCGCAUCCAGCAGCGGAACGGCAAGAAGAGUCUGACAACAAUUCAGGGGCUUGAGAAGGGCUUUGACUACAAGAAGGUUCUGAAGGCCUUCAAGAAAGAGUUCUGCUGCAACGGCACAGUGGUGGAAGAUGCGGAGAUGGGCAAAGUAAUCCAGCUGCAGGGUGAUCAGCGCAAGAAUGUGUCAACCUUCCUGGUGUCAAACAACAUCGCAAAGAAGGACCUGAUCAAGAUUCAUGGCUUUUAGGCAAGCAUAACAGAGCUGAGAAUAAGGCUGCUGGUGCAUGCAGCUGUUGCAGCCCAAGGGCAUGCAGCAAAAGCUGCUUUAUGUGUAUUGAGUCCCUGUCGUAAACUCAUCGAACCAGCCUGGUUGCUCUUUUGGAUUUAGUGAGUAGACAAACUGUGUGGUUACUGAGAGCUGCACACCUUCUAAAGAUCUUGAGAUCCAGAUUUUGCAAGACAUCUCCCGAGCUUGUGGUAUAUACCUUGUUGUCUUGUAGGGGUGAAUUGCAGCAUGGCAACUGCCUUUGAUGGUAGCACUACAAAGUGUGUAAGAGCAUGCAUACAUGUGA